UGCGCCCGCCCGGAGCGGGGGCCAAAGUGAAAGUCCUGGAAGUUGCGGGAGCGGCGCGCGCGGAGCCGUGGCGGGCUGUGCGCCCUCGGGCGGAGGCGGCCCGCGCCCAUGGCUCUGAGCAAGGGGCUGCGGCUGCUCGGGCGGCUGGAGGCGGCGGGGGACAGCAGCGUCCUGCUGGAGGCGCGCGGCCGCGGGGACUGCCUGCUCUUCGAGGCCGGCACCGUGGCCACGCUCGCUCCGGAAGAAAAGGAGGUCAUUAAGGGAGAGUAUGGGAAGCUCACUGAUGCUUAUGGCUGCCUGGGGGAGCUCAGGUUGAAAUCCGGUGGCACUUCCCUGAGCUUCCUGGUGUUGGUGACAGGCUGCACAUCUGUGGGCAGAAUUCCAGAGGCCGAGAUCUACAAAAUCACUGCCACCGACUUUUACCCUCUUCAGGAAGAGGCCAAGGAGGAGGACCGCCUCACAGCCUUGAAGAAGAUCCUCAACUCGGGGGUCUUCUACUUCUCGUGGCCCAACGACGGGUCGUGCUUUGACCUCACCGUCCGGGCGCAGAAGCAGGGCGAUGACAGCUGCGAGUGGGGCAACUCCUUCUUUUGGAACCAGCUGCUGCACGUGCCGCUGAGGCAGCACCAGGUGAGCUGCUGUGACUGGCUGCUGAAGGUCAUUUGCGGGGUGGUGGCCAUCCGCACGGUGUACGCCUCGCACAAGCAGGCCAAGGCCUGCCUCAUCUCUCGCAUCAGCUGCGAGCGUGCCGGCGCUCGCUUCUACACCCGUGGCGUCAACGACGAUGGCCAUGUGUCCAACUUCGUGGAGACGGAGCAGACGAUUUACAUGGAUGAUGGAGUGUCGUCUUUUGUCCAGAUCAGAGGCUCGGUUCCGCUGUUUUGGGAGCAGCCAGGGCUUCAGGUUGGCUCUCAUCAUCUGAGACUCAACAGAGGCCUGGAAGCCAACGCCCCUGCUUUUGACAGGCAUAUGGUGCUUCUGAAGGAGCAGUAUGGGAACCAAGUGGUCGUGAACCUGCUGGGGAGCAGAGGCGGGGAGGAGGUACUCAACAGAGCCUUCAAGAAGUUGCUCUGGGCUUCCUGCCAUGCUGCUGACACGCCUAUGAUAAACUUUGACUUCCAUCAGUUUGCCAAAGGCGGCAAGCUAGAGAAAUUGGAGAACCUCUUGAGGCCCCAGCUGAAGCUCCACUGGGAUGACUUUGACGUGUUCACCAAGGGCGAGAAUGUAAGUCCACGUUUUCAGAAAGGCACUUUGCGGAUGAAUUGUCUCGACUGCCUGGACCGAACCAACGCGGUGCAGAGCUUCAUUGCGCACGAGGUCCUUCAUCUGCAACUCGAGAGCCUAGGGCUGAAUUCAAAGCCCAUUGCUGACCGCUUCGUGGAGUCCUUCAAAGCCAUGUGGUCUCUGAAUGGGCACAGUCUGAGCAAGAUGUUCACGGGCAGCCGCGCCCUGGAAGGGAAAGCCAAGGUGGGGAAGCUGAAGGACGGGGCCCGGUCCGUGUCUCGAACCAUCCAGUCCAACUUCUUUGAUGGGGUGAAGCAGGAGGCCAUCAGGCUGCUGCUGGUUGGGGACGUCUACACCGAGGAGUCUACAGACAAGGGAAGGAUGCUCCUGGACAACACGGCCCUGCUGGUGACUCCCAGGAUCCUGAGAGCGAUGACGGAGCGCCAGUCGGAAUUCACAAAUUUCAAACGGCUCUGUAUUGCCAUGGGAACCUGGAACGUGAAUGGGGGAAAGCAGUUCAGGAGCAACCUCCUUGGGACAGGGGAGCUGGCUGACUGGCUGCUCGACUCGCCCACACUGUCCGGAGUCGAGGAAUCCCAGGAUGACAGCAGCCCGGCUGACAUAUUUGCCGUGGGCUUUGAGGAGAUGGUGGAGCUGAGCGCAGGGAACAUUGUCAAUGCCAGUACCACCAACAGGAAGAUGUGGGGUGAGCAGCUUCAGAAAGCCAUAUCACGCUCUCAUAGGUACAUUCUCUUGACCUCGGCACAGCUGGUGGGCGUCUGUCUUUAUAUCUUUGUGCGUCCGUACCAUGUCCCAUUCAUCAGGGAUGUGGCGAUCGACACGGUGAAGACGGGCAUGGGAGGGAAGGCAGGGAACAAAGGUGCCGUGGGCAUCCGCUUCCAGCUCCACAGCACCAGCCUCUGCUUCGUGUGCAGCCACCUGACGGCCGGGCAGUCCCAGGUGAAGGAGAGGAACGAGGACUACAAGGAGAUCACCCAGAAGCUGAGUUUCCCGAUGGGAAGAAACAUCUUUUCUCACGAUUACGUGUUUUGGUGCGGUGAUUUCAACUACCGCAUCGAUCUCACUUACGAAGAAGUCUUCUAUUUCGUUAAACGCCAAGACUGGAAGAAACUGCUGGAAUUUGAUCAGCUACAGCUACAGAAAUCAAGUGGAAAAAUUUUUAAAGACUUUCAUGAAGGCGCCAUUAAUUUUGGACCGACCUACAAGUAUGAUGUUGGCUCCGCCGCCUACGACACGAGCGACAAGUGCCGCACCCCCGCCUGGACAGACAGGGUCCUGUGGUGGAGGAAGAGGCAUCCUUUUGACAGAACAGCUGGAGAACUCAACCUCCUAGACAACGAUCUAGAUGCUAACACCCAAGUCAGACACACCUGGUCUCCUGGUGUCCUCAAGUAUUAUGGCCGAGCGGAGCUACAAGCGUCUGAUCACAGACCCGUGCUGGCGAUCGUGGAGGUGGAAGUACAAGAGGUUGACGUGGGUGCUCGGGAGAGGGUGUUCCAGGAAGUGUCCUCUUUCCAGGGGCCCCUGGAUGCCACCGUCGUGGUCAACCUUCAGUCGCCAACCUUAGAAGAGAAAAACGAGUUUCCUGAGGAUGUGCGCGUGGAACUCAUGGAGACCUUGGGGAACUACGGGACAAUUGUUCUUGUCAGGAUCAACCAAGGGCAGAUGCUGGUGACUUUUGCAGACAGUCACUCGGCUCUCAGUGUCCUGGAUGUAGAUGGUAUGAAGGUGAAAGGCAGAGCAGUGCAGAUCAGACCGAAGACCAAGGACUGGCUGAAAGGUUUGCAAGAGGAGAUCGCCCGAAAGCGGGACAGCAUGGUCUCCCUGUCUCCCACCGCCAACUCCUGCUUGCUGGAGGAGAACUUUGACUUCACAAGUUUGGACUAUGAGUCGGAAGGCGAUAUUCUCGAAGAUGACGAAGACUAUUUGGUGGAGGAGCUGGGUCAGCCUGUGGUCUCAGACAGUGAACUGGGGGGAGACGACCUUUCCGAUGCCCCCAGCUCCACAGCAGCAGCACCUCCCAGCAAGUCACCUGCACUCACCAAAAAGAAGCAGCAUCCGACCUACAAAGAUGAUGCUGACCUGGUGGAGUUAAAGCAGGAGCUGGAAGCAGUCGGAGAUUUCCGCCACCGCUCUCCGAGUAGGUCUCUGUCGGUCCCCAGUAGGCCUCGGCCACCUCACCCGCCGCAGAGACCGCCCCCUCCAACUGGUUUAAUGGUGAAAAAGUCGGCUUCGGAUGUGUCCAUCUCCUCCGGCACCCACGGGCAGUAUUCGAUUUUGCAGACAGCAAAACUUCUGCCAGGAGCACCCCAGCAAGCACCCAAAGCUAGGACUGGGAUAAGUAAACCUUACAACGUCAAGCAGAUCAAAACCACCAAUGCUCAGGAGGCAGAAGCAGCAAUCCGAUGUCUCCUGGAGGCCAGAGCAGGUGCCCCAGGAGAAGCCCAAAAUGCCACAGCCCCGAGGGACCAAGGGUCUUCCAAACCAGAGCCCACAGCAGGGGUGGCCCCGCUCCUGCCCCGUCGGCCGGCACCCAGAGUUCCUGCCAUCAAGAAGCCAACCUUGAGAAGGACAGGAAAGCCCACUUCACCGGAAGAGCACUUUGGGCAACAGACUGCCCAUUUUACAAUCGGGCCCCCGGAAACAAGCCUUGAAACCCCUCCUCUAGCGACAGUCCCGCCUGUUCCCAAACCAAGAACACUUCAGCCCGGGAAAGGUGCCGAGAGGAAGCCAAGUGGUGGAAGGCCAGCGCCAGACGAUGCCCCUCCAGUGGCUGGAGCCACCAUACCACCCCCUCCGGAGGUCCCGCCUCUUGUGCCCCAGGUCCCCCCGAGGAGGAAGAAGUCAGCCCCCGCCUCCUUCCACCUGCAGGUUCUGCAGAGCAACAGCCAGCUUCUCCAGGACCUCAGCUGCAGCAGCAGCAGCCCCAGCCGUGACUGUCCCCCUGCACCCCAGCCUGAUGGGGGUGCUCUCCUUCCACAACCGGCUUUUCUUGGCACUUCAUCUGCUGCAAGCCCCGAGACUGAUGGCCCCAAGGAGCUGAAGUCAGAGGCAGCCUCCCUUCUGGGUGAUUCUCAGGAUCCCUUCUGGAGCCUUCUCCAGCACCCUAACCUGCUGAAUAAUGCCUGGCUUCCCAAGACCUCUGACCCCCUGGACGCGGGGACCAGGAACCUUGGAAGGGCACACACAGCCCCACCGCAAGUCCGCACCUCAGCUGCCGAGGAGCCGCCACCGGAGCACAGGCAAAAAGACUUCAGUCACUGGGUGACAGUCAGUGACAAGGACAAGAGGACGGUGCUGCAAGUGUUUGACCCACUGGCGAAAACAUGAGUGGGAAACCUUGACAGCUGCUUUCUUGCAGAACGUGUGCCUUCUUUCCUUAGACAUCACUUUACAGGGAAAAGCCCAGAGCCUUGGCCUCAGUCCCCCAGUCAAAAGAGACAUCUAUUUAAAGGCACACUGAAAAAACAUUUGUACUUCUGUAACUCUUGUGUGGUUUACAAAAAAUUGUGUCUCUUAUUCAAUAAGAUUAUUAUUCAGCCACCAAGCUAUGCUUUAUUCCAGACUUGUGCAUUUCAAGUUUCCUCUCAGGGGUAUGGGAAACCUCUGGUUAGGUUCAGUGUAUGAAUUUUAGGAGAGGGAAUCUGGCUGGUAAUACCCAAGAAGUUUUCUCCCAUUGAAUUGUAGAUGGUUGUGCAAUUUAUGUGUGUAUCUGGUGUUUUUAAAAUUUUGUUUGUAUUUUACAGAGUUGGAAUAACUUUUUGGUGAAUCACCUGAAGGUUGAUGCAUAAAGUAAGGAUUAGCCUAGAAGGUGGUUGGGACCAUUAAGAUCUGUACCUGGCCCGCUGACACUGAGUUACAAAAUGUCAGAGU